AACUGUCAUGGAACAUGGGCAUGGAAGCUCUUCUCCAGAACUCCACUAACUUCGUCCUCAUAGGCCUCAUCACCCACCCUGCCUUCCCAGGGCUUGUCUUUGCAUUAGUCUUCUCCAUCUUGGUGGUGGCUAUAACAGCCAAUGCAGUCAUGAUUCUGCUCAUCCAUGUGGACUCCCGCCUCCACACGCCCAUGUACUUCUUGCUCAGCCAGCUGUCCAUCAUGGAUACCAUCUAUAUCUGUGUCACCGUCCCCAGGAUGCUCCAGGACCUCCUGUCCAAGGACAAGACCAUUUCCUUCCUGGGCUGUGCAUUCCAGAUCUUCCUCUACCUGACCCUGAUGGGAGGGGAGUUCUUCCUGCUGGGUCUCAUGGCCUAUGACCGGUAUGUGGCUGUGUGCAACCCCUUACGGUACCCUCUCCUCAUGAACCGCAGGAUUUGCCUGUUCAUGGUGGUCGGCUCCUGGGUGGGUGGUUCCUUGGAUGGGUUCAUGCUGACGCCUGUCACUAUGACUUUCCCCUACUGUGGAUCCCGAGAGAUCAAUCACUUUUUCUGUGAGAUUCCAGCUGUGCUGAAGCUGUCCUGCAUAGACACGUCACUCUACGAGACCCUGAUGUACGCCUGCUGCGUGCUGAUGCUGCUCAUCCCUCUGUCCAUCAUCUCUGUCUCCUACACCCACAUCCUCCUCACCGUCCACCGCAUGAGCUCUGCUGAGGGCCGGCACAAAGCCUUUGCUACGUGUUCCUCUCACAUGAUGGUGGUGAGCCUCUUCUACGGGGCAGCCUUCUACACCAACGUGCUGCCCCACUCCUACCACACUCCAGAGAAGGACAAAGUUGUGUCGGCCUUCUACACCGUCCUCACCCCCAUGCUCAACCCACUCAUCUACAGCUUGAGGAAUAAAGAUGUGGCUGCUGCGCUGAGGAGAGUACUAGGGAGAUGGGUCCCCUCCAAGAGAAUCCAAGUGGCCAGUAUGAUCAGGAAGAACUAGCAGGGCUCCCA